AGAAAUUGAGUUCAGGGACAGGCAUGGCUUCUACGCCUGCCUCGGCAGCAUCGGCAUCGAAUAACGCGAAUCAUCAUCAUCACCAUCACCAUCAUCAUCAACUGCAGAACUCGACGAACGGAUUGAACUCGUCCAACUUGAUCGCCACGACAAGUCCCAACGGUUGCGGUCAAUCGUCAAACUCGUCCUCGUCGUCGUCGUCUUCGAACUCUUCCGUAUCUUCUUCUUCGUCGUUAUCCUCGUCAUUAUCGUCGUCGUCGUCGUCGUCGUCGUCUUCAUCCUCUUCAUCGUCGUCGUCGUCGUCGUCGUCCUCGUCCUCGUGUUCGACCUCGUCGGCUUCGUCGUCGUCCACCUUGUCGUCGGUGACUUCUGCCUGCGUGCUGAACUCGAACGGACGAUCGAACAGUCCCGGUAACGGGAACGGAAGCAUUGCGAAUAGCGUCGGUAGCAACGGUACCGGGAACGUGAACGGUUCCGGCGGUAUCAUCGUAACUGGGUCGGCUAGUAAACAGAGUAACGCGGUGGUAAGUAGCGUUAACGCCGCGCACGGAAAUCCUGGUAAUCCCGGCAAAAUGGCCGUUGAACACUCGGCCACCGUCGACAAAGGACUGAAAAUGAAGAUCAAACGCACGAAACCGGGCACGAAGAGCAGCGAGGCGAAACACGAAAUCGUGAAAUCGAACGAAAUCAACGGAACGAUGUCGUCUCAGGAGAGUGGAAACGGGGGUGGCGGUUCGAUAGCCUCGAGUGGUUCGUCCGCGGGCUCCGGAGGCGGUAAUUCCUCGUCGUCGAUCGGCUCGUCGGUGGUCGGUCAGAACGCUCAGAACUCGGACUGCGCGACGGGUGGAACCGGUGGGACCGGCGCCGCCGGUGGUGCAGGUGUCGGUGUCGGUGGCAGUAGUGGUGGUGGUGGUGGUGUCGGUGGUGGUGGUGGUUGUAGCGGCGGUGGCGGUGCUGGCGGCGGCACCGGUGGCGGUGUCGGUAGCGGUAGUGCCGCCGGUUGUGGCGUCGGUACCGGUGGAACUGGUGGCGUCGCCGGCCCCGGAGCCGGCGGCGGAGGUACCGGUGGUGGUAACGGUGCUGGUGGUGGCAGUGGUACCGGUGGUCAGUCGUCGUCGUCGAACAAAUCGAAACCGAGCCACUCGGCCGGUUCCGCCGGUGGAACCGGGAACGCGACCUCUUCGACCACCGGGUCGAAGAGGGGCUCGAGCGGACACCGUCGGGACAAAGCACGGGACAAGCACGAGAAGCCGCAGAGCAAUCACGCGGUGGUACAACAAAGCAAGUCGGAGAUGAACGGGACCACGAGGCCGGGUGGCGGCGGUGCCGGUGGUGGCGGUGGCGGCGGUGGUAGCGGCGUCGGCGUCGGUAGCGGCGGUGGUUCCAGCGGAGGCAACGGCGUCGGUGGCGGCAGCAACGCCGGUGGCGGCCAGGGCCAGACGUCGAAUGGGCCAGGAUCGGGUCCAGGAUCCGGGCCAGGGUUGGUAGGGGCCGGAGUCGGGAUCGGAGCCGGGGCCGGGGCCGGUGCGGUCGCGCAAUCUCAGGGACCGCCGGCGGCCGCGACCGCCCCUCAGCAGAGUCAGGGACCGCCGCCGAGCUCGCGGACGGGAUUCUCGGUGUCCCAAGGGCCCGGUCCGCCGACUAGCUCCGCCGCGGUACCGUGUCCACCCCCGAGUCCGGCUAGCGCGACCGCCGCCGGUCCGGCUGCCAAACCCGAGCAGACCAAACUGGCCGCGGUACCCGGUACCGGACCUCCGAUCACGACGACGUCCGACGACGCCAUGGAUACCGCAGCCAGUCCUCCACCUCCCAAGAAACUGAAGACUUCCGCUUCCGAACCAAAGGACAUGUCAGAUGUGUGCGUCGGUACCAGCGUGGGGACUAUCACCGAACCGGAAUGUUUAGGACCUUGCGAGCCCGGCACAUCGGUCACUCUCGAAGGCAUCGUUUGGCACGAAACGGAAGGAGGUGUACUGGUGGUGAACGUGACGUGGCGAGGAAAGACAUACGUGGGUACGUUGUUAGACUGUACUCGACACGAUUGGGCGCCACCUAGGUUCUGCGACUCGCCGACCAGCGACCUCGACGCAAGGACACCAAAAGGUCGGGGCAAACGCGGUAGAGCCGCGGCGAAUGCAACGCCGGGUAACGACCUGAGCAACUUCACGGAAACGAGGAGUUCGGUACACAGCAAAUUGCGAAACGGCGGCGCUAAAGGUCGUCGGGGUGCGCAAGGUUCCCCAGCGGCGAGUCCGAGUCCCGCGGCGUUCGUACCACCUCGACCGGAUCCAGGAGCGAAACGGAAAUCUCGAGCUCCCGAGGAGGAGGACAAGAACAAAAGACGCGCUCCACCGCCGACACCUCCGAGCGGUUAACCGCCGGCCAGUCCUGUAUUGCUCGAGUGUCCGGAACCAAAUUGCAACAAAAAGUACAAACACAUAAACGGGCUCAAGUAUCACCAGAGUCACGCGCAUGGCUCGGCCGACGACGAAGAUACCAAAGAAGGUAUCACUAGCAUGUCCGAGAACGACGAGAGCAAUAUCGAGGCUCCGAGUCCGGCGACACCGGUCAAGUCGCCAGCGGACAAACCCGAGGGUACGCCACUCCGGCCAGCUAGUCCGCAAACGACGGGACUUCCGCCGGAGACGCCGCCACCUCCGCCGCGCGUCGCCUCGCCGAGUAUAGAACAACCCGUUUCCGUGCACGCCGGGGAAAGUAAGAGUAUCGUGAAACCGGGUGUACUGAGAUUCGGUCAAGACGAUUUACCUGCGCCACCGUCGACGAUACCGACCUCUGCGAGACAACAGCAGCAGCAGCAGCAAUCCGUGCAGCAGCAGCAACAACAGCAGCAACAAUCGAGUCAGUCGAAUCAGUUGGGCGGCUCGACGUCUCCGCAGAGCCCGAGCCCUCGAGCCAGUCAAUCGCCGAGGUCCGUACCGUCGCCGCACCCGAGCGCCAACAUUCCGGCUCCGUUGAAUAUUCCUCAGCCGCCACAACCGUCCCAAAUGUCGCAACACUCGCAACAAAAUCCCCAUCUGCAAAGUCAGCAAGCGUUGCAAACCGGUCAGCAGGGGCCGCCGCCUCCGCCGCAGCAACUUCAAUCGAGUCAACAGUUGCAGCCGUCGCUUCAGCAGCAGCAACAGCAGCAGUUACCCCCUGCUCAUCAACUCUCCGUGCAGCAUCCUUUAUCGGCGCAACUCGGCCAACCGACUCAGGCACACGUGGUACAGCAAGCUGGAUUGCAGCAGCAGCAACAGCAACAGCAACAACCACAGCCGACCGGAUUGCAGGGUAUCGCGAGUCAACAUCCGGCUCUUCAGGGUCUGGGCGGUCAAGUACCGCAGCAAGCGACGGGAUUGCAGGCCGCGCCUCCUUCGCAACCCGGCCAUCCGGGACAAGGCGUACAACCGCAUUUGCAGCCCUAUCAGAGCGUGUCGUUGCACGCAAAAAUGCCGCAAUUCAAGGUUAAACCGACCGCGGCUCUGAUGCCCGAUCAAGACAAGAAUAAGGAUCCGAGGACGUCGUCGAAACCUCAGGGAUACAAAAAGAAGUCGAGAAAAUCGCCGGGCGGUAGUCCGCAUCCGUCACCGUUGGAGACACCGAUCGUCGACGCCGCGCGAGAAGACGUCCAGAGUCCAGCCUACUCGGAUAUAUCCGACGACGCGGCACCGGUUCUCGAAGCCGAGCCAGCCGACAAGUCGAAGCAGAGCCAAGAGAAGGACGGGAAAGCGGCUCCGAGCGCGCAUUUACCGGCUCAUUUCAACAUGUACCCGUACUACGGCCAACCUCCCUACCUCGUUCCGAGCGUUCCCGAGAGCAAACCGGUCGAUCAGAAGCCGAGCGACCUGACUCCGAAGCAAGAGAUGAAACCGCUCAAUAUACCGCAGAUGCCGUCGUUGGCCAGUCUGCAGAGUCAGCCGCAGCCGCAGCAACAGCCUCACUAUUACGGCAGUUACGGCGGCUACAUGCCACCAAGUUAUCCGUAUCAACCGCCGCAGCCGGUGUCACAGCAGCAGCAGCAGCAGCAGCAACAGCAGCAACAGCAGCAGGUGCAGGAGCAAGAGAUGCACGAGCAGAAAGCAAAGAUCAAGCAGGAGCCACAGUCGCAACAGCAGCAACAGCAGCCUAGCUUAAAGGACAAGCAGCACGAGAACCAUCAGAUACUGAAGGAGAGCAUCGAGAUGAAGAGUCAGAUGAGUCCGUAUCACGUGUACCAUAGCGGACAGAGUCAGAGGGCGGCACCUCCGCCGCCACCUCCAGGCCCGAUGCAGGACGACCGUAGGUAUUACCUUUACCCGGGCGAUCAAAGACGAAAAGAGGAGGCGAGCAAACAGAGUCAACAGACGAAGCCACCACCUCCGAGUCCGAAGCAUCAACCGAAGCAGGAGAAACCGCAAGACUUGGGCAAAAACGAGGACUCGAAGAGCAAACAAGAGGGCGUGAAACCAACGAUGGAAACUCAAGGACCACCGCCGCCACCCACCUCGCAAUACGCCUAUAUUCAUCCGGGUUAUAUGCAGCCGCAGCAUUACGGCGCGUUGCCAUUCGACCCUGGUCAUCCGGUGUAUCGCGGACUCAGCCCGAUGCUGGUUCCCGGACCGUACUCCGGUAAUCCGUAUCUCCAUCAAUUGCCGAGGUAUCACGCGCCGGAGGAUUUGAGCAGACCGCCCGGUGGCAAGGCCCUCGACCUGCUACAACACCAUGCCAAUCAGUAUUAUUCGGCGCACAAGAUACACGAACUUCAGGAGCGUGCGCUCAAGUCACCUACCCCGAAAACGUCCGCAGCUUCGGCCAGUCCGUCGUCCGCGGGCCCAACGCCGUCGCGACCACCGAGCGGACCGCCUAGUUCGGUCGCUGGACCGGGUCCGCCGCAAUCUCAGACUCAGCAAUCCCAAAGCAAACAGCAGAGUCAAUCGGGAGGACAACAGUCACAGCAACAGCAGCAAGCACCGGUCGACGCUGGCACCGGAAGCUUGACCAAGGAUAAUAGAUCACCUCCGCCCCAGCGACACGUGCAUACGCAUCAUCACACGCACGUUGGCCUAGGCUAUCCCCUCUUGACCGGACAAUAUCCCGCCUCUUACGGAGCGGCGAUGCUGGCGAGUCAGCAGGCCGCCGCGGUAGCCGCAUCGGUGAUCUCGCCAUUCCCGCCCAAGUGACCCGCGGCCCCCGGUCCCGUACUAGCUGCCGGAACGACCGGACCCACCUCCGCACAAAAUCAUCACACGCCUCAUCAUCCACCGGUCAGCGGCGCGACCGCCGCAGGACAUCCGCACUCUGCCACCGCUGGCAGGCAACCUUAGGAUCGUCUUGAGAAUACUGCUAAUUCGAGACUGCUACCUCUUCUUCGUUAACGCGACCAGAUACUCCGUCAGAGAGUCUACCAACCUGUAUCGGCUUGCCAACUCGCCAACAGCAGCAGCAACAGCUUCAGCAACAUCAACAACAACAGCAGCAACAGCAGCAGCAGCAGCAGCAGCAUAUCUUCCUAUUAAGGCCUGUCAUCUGACAUCAACCUUAUCGCCCAUCGCCACCUGACAUCACCUUUGUCGAAAAUUUCGGAUCGGGUGAUCUUCGUCACUGUGGUUGCUGUCGCUGAUGCUGACGAUGACGCGCUGUCGACAUGCUGUCCAUCCACACCUCCUCUUUGUCUUCGUCGUCCUCGUGGAAAAGCGCGCACGCCUUCCAAAUCGCUAUUUCGUUUCGAUUCGUUUUGUUUCGUUUCGAACGUACUUGGUGCUCAGAGGAGAAAGAAGACCGUAUCACGACGCGUCGACCCUAACGCGAUCCCUGUUGGUUUCCUCAGGGUACUAAGUAGAUCCAUUCGGGACCUACUGCGACUUGUUCGAAAGUUGAUCGAACCGAACACCGAAAUGACUGGCUGAACCGAAAUUACAGCGUCUUUUCCCUAUUCGUCUUUGAAUCUUUUGCGACUAGCAUCGAUGAGCAAUUUUUCGGUUUCUAUGACGCACUCAAAACUAUGUACUUGGCUUUCGUGCGUGCCACGAGAAUAAUGCAGAAAAAUCAGAUUUUACGCACAAUUUAUGCGAAAAUUUGGACAAAAUUUCAUCUCGAAAAUAUGAUAGAUGUAAACGCGAGAAAAAUUCACGAUCGCGUACCCUUAUUCUUCCAUUUUAAACGAAAAAACCUAUAGCUAUACGAGACGUUUGUACGAGAUUCGCGCGCGUGCGCGCGAUACAAUCGUUUUCUCGAUGAUAUUGGCCGUUGAAUCAGUAGUGAUCCUCGCAUCUGUUUUCGAACAUGACGGCAUCGAUGACAGCGACGAUGAGGGCGACAAUGACAGUGAUGCAGACGCGACGUAACGACAUAACGACAUAACGACAUACUAGGAUAAAAGUAUCGAAAGUAGAGAAAGUUUGGUGCGAUGUCUUUUGUUCGCGCGAGCUACGAUGAACGGUGACGGAGGAAAGAGAAUCACGCGAAAAGAACGCGACUCGCGACCAUUCGACGCAUUGCGUGCACCGAUGAACUCGAAGUUUGAGAAAACAUUCGGUUCCAAGUGCUUUCACCUCCGAAAUCUGAUCGACUGAUGGUGAAUCAGUGGAGAAACGUUCCCGAAAAACCGAUAAACUCUAGGAAAGAAAGAAAUGAAAGAGGAGAGAGUGUGCGAAACUCGAGGGAAGCGUGCGCGCGGCAAGAUCUCGUUGCGUUAGACUAACUGUGCUGAGAAUGGCCGCAAAAUUGACUGGUACACUUCGUACACAUAGGAACGACGAAGAAAGCUGAUACGGUCGUGUCGCGAACCAAUUGCCCGAUUUUUCUCCGAAAAAAAGCGAGGAAGCGUGUGCCUCGAGCCGCGUCGAUUCGCGUUGAGGCAACAUUUUUAUUGCACUUAGUAAACUAUAUAGAGAUGCGAAUGUGCGAAUGAGAAACGGAAACUUUUCUGCGCGUGCUUGUACGCAUAUGUCUGCGUCGCAUAUUUUCCGUAACUCGUUGUGUAUAACGCGUACGUACGAAUGUUCGAUCUAGAACUUUGUGUAUAACGGUGGAAUUAUAGAUCGUUGUAUUUUAUUGUAAAAAGAAGAAGAUUGAUAAACCACAGACUCGACGAUUUUUCUAGAGAAAUUACGUGACUCGCGAACGACACGUUUUUUAAACGAUUUGAUUACCUACCGAUUAAAAAGUAUGUGAAUAUCGGUUACAAUAUCAAAUAAACACGAACGAAAUACGUGUCGGAUAGGGGAGUAUAAGCGUAAAAAAAAAAUCACGAUAAUUCUAAAUAACGAUAACGUGACGAUAAGUGAUUGUACAUUGAAUACGCUAGAAUGCUAUUUGUUUACUAAAAAUAAUAGUAGUUAGAUUUGCGCGAAUACGAUAGAACGAGAACGAGAGCGUGUGCGUAUGGGUAUGGGUAUGGUUAUGGGUAUGAGUGUGCGCGUGCGUCGGCGUGUAAGAGAGAGGUGAAGAGAAAAAGGAAGAAAGCAAGAGGGAGAGAGAGAGAGAGAGAGAGAGAGAGAGAGAGAGAGAGAGAGAGACCUAAUGAGCAAGACGAAUAAGACUAAUUAACGAGAAAAGGAGAAAGCUAUUAAGUAAAUAUACGUAUACACAUACAUAUGCGCCACGGUGAUACGUACGCGCAUAGUAUCCUGGCGGCUACCUAACGUUAGUUCAGUGACGAUUAUUAUUGUACCUUUUAUUACGAUUAUUCAUUAUCGGUUCUAUUAUUUUAUUAUUGUACCGUCGGUAAAAGAGAUAAAAGCGUUGUACAAACGAUUGGUAAAACGCGUUGCCAAGAAUCCGAAAAUAGUUUUAUCGUGCUGUGCGUAGUGUUGCAAAUGCCAAAUAAAAUAAAAGAGAGCAAGGCGUGUUUUUUUAAUUCGACAUAACAACGGCGAUAUUCGUUUGGCAGAAUGAGCGAAGGAAAAAGAGCGAGAAUGAGUGCAUGAGCAUGUGUAGUGUCGUGUGUGUGCAUGUGCGUAUGUGAGAGAGAGUGAGAGAGUGAGUGAGAGGGGAAGGGAGGGAGAGGGAGAGAAUACGUGGAAUAAGAGUACGUAUGAAAAUGGCGGAGAAAUGCGCGGGGAAUCGUCGUCUCAGUUUUAAUGAGGCGCGUUCGAAGGAGAAUCGGGCGGGCUUUAAAGUAAAAAUGCUGGUGCUGUGCUGUGAUUUUUAUAAAAAAUAAAAAGAAAAAAA